AUGUUGCUGCUAUUGUCCUGGGGAACAAACGCGGCGGAGGACUGUCCAAGCAUGUGUGCGUGCAAGUGGAAAGGCGGGAAGGAAUGGGUUGAGUGUGCGAACCGUGAUCUCAAAGGAUUACCGCAAGGUGCUCGAGAAGAGACGCAGGUGCUCGACCUGUCAGGCAAUCAUCUGAUCAACCUACCAGCGGAAUGCUUUCGCGCCCUUGGUUUGAUCAACCUUCAGCGUCUCUAUCUGGGCAAGUCCCAAAUCAAUCAUAUUGCCUCUGAGGCGUUCGUCGGUUUGGUUGGCUUAGUAGAGCUCGAUCUAUCUGAGAACAAGAUCGAACAGGUGCCUACAGAUACGUUCGCAUCCUAUCCAAGUUUAAUGAGGCUUAUAUUGAAUGGGAAUCCAAUUAGGGAAAUUCGCCAAAAUGCAUUUCUGCGUUUGGUGCAUCUUACUAAUUUGGAGAUCAGUAAGUGCGCGAUAGAGAUUAUCGAGCAGAACGCUUUUGAGGGCCUCCAGUCGCUGGAGUGGCUUCGACUGGACGGCAAUCGACUCACCUACGUGCCAGAUCAUACUUUGCCGCUGGGGGGAAAUCUCAGAGGAUUGACUCUUCACAACAAUCCGUGGCAGUGUGACUGUAGACUGAGAACAAUGCAGGCCUGGUUGAAGGAAUCAGCUCCAGCCGCACCGCAAGAGUCCGAACCCGUCUGCGAUUCUCCAGCGAGACUACAUGACAAACAAAUCAAGAGUCUCAAGAUCAACGAAUUAGCCUGUCUACCGCGUAUCGAUCUUCAAGAUCAUUUAGAGAUUUCCGAGGGCGGGAAUGUCACUUUAAGAUGCGAUGUUCAUGCAGUUCCGACUGCUAAGGUCACUUGGUGGUUCAAUGGAGAACCAUGUGAGCUGCAACAUGAAAACAAUUCCAUGGCUAGCAGUAUUUCUACAUUUCCAAGGUAUAUCUAUCGACAACGAGGCGGGACCAACAUGAGCAGCACGCUGUUCCUUUACUCGGUCGAGUCACUCGACGAGGGCACCUACAGCUGUAUCGCAGAAAACGGUGCUGGUUCUGCAGUGGCAAAUCUUUCUCUUCGCGUACUCUUUCGUGAGAAACCCACCGUGGAACCACCCUCCGACGAUUCCAGUUCCGGUUAUUUAGCCGCAAUUGUUGCUGGAGCAUUGGUAGGCACUCUUUUGGCACUGAGCUGUUUGGUAGGUAGCGUGAUAUACUGUGCGAAGAAGCGGCGUCACGAUCGGAAGCGCAAUUCGAAGACGUUGGUGACGCAGAGCAAGUCGGUGCUGCCAAUCACGAAGGAUACUACUAGCAGUUCCUGUCGGAAAGGUAACGGUAGCCUGAUAGGUGGUCUUGAACAUCAGCAGAUGGUUUCGUAUACCGAACGUGAGAUUAACCGUGCGGCUACUUUGGAACGUCGGGAACACACCAGGAACAAUCAUUUAGAUCGGGAUGCGUAUUCAGUAACGAGUCCAGUUGCCAAAUAUUUAACCGAACCUGAUCUAAUUAAUGAGGUACCCGAGAACACUGAGGUUGGCUAUGGUCAAUUGUACGGACGACAUCAUCCGCGUGCCGGCGGUGUUGACCGGCAGAUCUUGGAGUACGACUCGGGCUAUCCACUGCAACCCGAUCUGCGACCGCCGCCGGUGCUACCGCAGAUGAGUUACUUGGAUCAGGAUGGUUAUCCACUCAAUUUUGGCCUGCCCAAGAUUACCUUUAGUACUGCUAGUACUCUGCCCAGACUCCGACAACGUAUGUCGGAGCCAGGCUCAGCAGCUGCGCCGGCGGCUAGAUAUUCACGCGAGGCGGAAUUCCUCGCAAGAUCACCGGGAUAUGAUCCCAUUUUACCGCGAACCGACGCUAGGUACACCGCCGAGGUAUCACCUGUCGCUGUUUUUCCAGAUGUACCUUUUAUACCAUCACCUCCUGCUGCUUAUAGAGGCGAAACCACUCCGUUAUCUCCACGGUCCCUUCUCGGCAAAACUGCUCGCGAGGCCGCGGCUGCUGCUGCCGCGAGAGCGGAGGAGAUGCAACCUCCGAAUCAUCCGGAAAGUCCUGAUGAAGGUUACGUAGGGGACGCUAUGGAUGUCUGAGGAAUCCGAU